GCUACGUCAGUCAACCAACCAGCGUCGCCGAUGUUACAGGGUGUCAUUACGUAGGGAGGCGUGUGUGUGACAUUUGCUGCAAGGGGCUAGUUUAUGAACAGCUAGCUGGGCAAAAAUGAAGAACUACGGGCGGAAAUAGAGAAUAUUUUUACCUUUAAACAGCAGAGCUGACGUGUGGGUCACACUCUGCGUUUGUAGCCACGUUAGAAAAGAUAGUUUACAUCAAAUGUAGCGUCAGAGAAAACUUCCUGUGCGGCUAAACACGUUGAACAGUAGGCUAACGCUUUCUCUUAAACUUGUGCAGUAAAUGUGCGGAGCUCAGCUUCAGCUCUGCUGUCCUGACAUGUCGGUAGCUGCGCUCAGUUUGUGUGUUUCUCGUGUUAUAUUAUGGGUGGACAUUAGCGCUUAAAGCCGACUCGGCUGACUGCGGUUUGCACACAAGGUUAAAAUUAGCUUUAGCCAGCUAGCUCCUCACUCCUCCUCCUCCUUCUCCUGCUCCUCCUGCUCCUGCUGCUGCAGCUCUCUCACUUUUUCUUAUGCUGACUUGUCAGGCCAGGUGUAGUGCUCAAAGUAGGCCAGGUGUAGUAGUGUGGGACAGAUAGGGUGUCGCUGUCUCAGUGUGUAGUGGGACUGUCUGCUUCAGGGAUUUUUCUUACUUUCAGUCAGGUGUGUGAGUGAUCAUGCUGCUCUCCUUGGUGGUGCACACAUACUCGCUGCGGUAUUGGUUUCCAGCCACGAUCAUGCUGGGGACAGCUCCAGCUUAUCUGCUGUCAUGGGGGGCUUGGCGUUUACUUUCAAGUGUUUUACCAGCGAGAGUGUAUCACAAGCUGGACGACCGGUUGUACUGCAUCUACCAGAGCAUGGUCCUCUUCUUCUUUGAAAACUACACAGGAGUUGAGAUUGUUAUAUAUGGAGAUAUACCAAAGAAAAAAGAGAAUGUCAUCUACCUGUCUAAUCACCAAUGUACAGCUGACUGGAUCAUCGCUGACAUGCUCGCCAUCAGGCAGAGUGCUCUCGGCCAUGUCAGAUACGUCCUCAAAGACGGACUGAAGUGGCUUCCGCUCUACGGAUGGUACUUCUCUCAGCACGGAGGAGCCUAUGUGAAGCGAAGUGCAAAGUUUAAUGAAAAGGCGAUGAAGAAGAAGCUCUUCACUCAGACUCAAGCUGGGGCGCCAAUGUACCUUGUCAUCUUCCCGGAAGGAACUCGGUAUAAUCCAGAGCUCAAGAAUGUUAUCGCUGACAGUCAGGCUUUCGCUUCGAAACAAGGACUGGCUGUCCUGAGGCACACACUUACACCCAGAAUGAGGGCAUCUCACAUAGCCAUCGACACCAUGAAGGGCCACCUAGACGCUGUGUAUGACGUCACCGUGGCCUACGAGGGAACGCUGGACCCCUCCGGUCAAAGAAAACCUGCGCCGUCAAUGCCAGAAUUCCUGUGCAAAGAAUGUCCCCGAGUCCACAUACACUUCGACCGUGUGGACAUAAAGGAAAUUCCUACAGAGCCAGUGUUUUUCCGCAGGUGGCUGCACGAGCGGUUCGAAAUAAAGGACCGGCUGCUGACGAAUUUCUACGAGUCGAAGGAUGAAGACAAAAUAUGCAAGUUCCCUGGGGAAGGCAAAACCUCUCCUCUGAACCUCUCUAAAACCCUCCCAUCAGUGGUUAUCUUGGGGGGACUGACACUGCCAUUACUUCUGACGGAGAACGGCAGGAAACUGUACGUGAGAACCUGGGUUUACGGGACACUGCUGGGCUGGCUGUGGGUGAACGUUUUUCCUUAACAAAAACAUCAGAGGCUGCCAUAAUGAGACGCACAAAAGACAUGGAGAGACUGUGCCAUUUUCCUGUAUCAGAUCUACACAAGGUGUAUUCCAGAUGCAGAGCAGCGUCUGACUAAGAGGCUCAGAUUUAUCCCACAUGUCUGGCUCACUGUUGACCUUGAGCUGAAAGCUGAGAUGCGGAGGAAUGUUAAGCUUUUUGUGCUACUGGUUCCCUCAUGUUGUUUGGAUUUGCAGCCUGAAAUGAUGAGAAAACAUGAGUGGAUUUAUUCAAAAGUAUUACAUUUCUCUAAAUUUCCCCUUGAUGAAAUAGAAAUAUCUAUAUACUUAAAAUAACCGCUCCUCCCCCUUCAUAAGAUUUAGCCAAAAUUAGUAUUCUUGCAUGUUCACUUUCCCAUCAGACAUUGGCCAGUUUUAAAGCUCAAAACAUGUUUAAUGAUUUCAUCAUCAGCUAUGGUAUGUAACUGACAGUGUAGUAAUGAUGGAUCAUUAAUUAAGUUUUCUGACUCGCUGACAUUGGCUGUAAUGUCUGUUAUUUAUGCCAAGUUUAUGCCAUGUCAGGAGGAUUAUGCACUUUGCUCAUUUAAAGUGAUGUUUUUACAUUAGUAGAACAAAAUAAUAGCAUGCAGUCCUCUAUAGUGUCUCAUAAACAUGACACCAGCUGCAUUGUUUACCAUAAAUAUUCAUACUGACAUCACUUUGUUUUAUACUGAAAUGAAUGUAGCUGUAAGAACGUGUUAAUUUAUGCAAAUGUUCUUUUAAUUCCCAACACCCAAGAAUUAGAUUUUACUAAUAGUAUAUCCUUUAAAGAUAAGAAAAUAUAUUGUAAAUUUGUUGUCACUGAUGAUGCCACAGUGAGCUCAUAUGGAGGAAUGCGUGUUUAAAAUGUUCUACCAAUGUGAAAUAUUGCUUAAAUGUUAAAAUGUCAAUCUUUGCCAAAACCUGGUGUAUUUGCCAUGAUGUUCUACAAGUGUUUUAAGUUGAGCAAUACUUGUUUUAAUGCCAGCUCUGAUGACAGCAAAGCAACUUUAUGUCCUUCUUUCCUUUUUUUUGGCCUGAAUAUGUUUAGAAUUUGAUCUUCCUUUUUUUUUUUUUAUAACAGUUCCAUAACUUUUUAUAUGCAUUUGUUACUUUGAAUACCAUGUUACAGCUCACACAAAAGUAUCUACCUAGUAAAAAAGCUGACAAAGCCAUGUUAACAGUAUAUCACAGGUUCCUGUGCACUCAAAGCCAUUUGUAUUAUAGUUAUCACUGUAUUGUGAAAUGCACUGUAUGUUAUGUCCAUUGUUGUUGUUUACUGUAAUGAAACCAUUGCAUUUUCCACGAGUCACUUUACAUACUCGCUGUUUUGUCUUCCUCUAAAGUUGGUCUUUCUAUGUUUUAUUCAUGUUGAUGGUACAGUAAAUCUCAUGGUUUUUACAUGUCGCUCCAAUACCUCACUUGAAUAAUCCUUCCUUGUUCUUAAGCGACCCUUGUCAGCCAUUUUCUAGUCAUUUUUAUCCUGGCAAGAUCAGACUGUAACUCAUCAGGAAACUCUGUAGACAGUAUUUAAAUGCCAACGGAUUUUGGAAAUGUGUGCCUUCUCUUUGGAGGAGCUGGUCCUCAGCCCUCUCAGGGGGCCACAGUGGCUCUUUUCCACCACCAGGUGACUGCAACUCUGCCUGCUCACUGCAGCAUGUGGUCAUGUUGUCUACAGUUCAUAGUGGCUUAUUUUGCUCUAAGAAUGCAUUGAUUUACACUUUUUGAGGAAUAUUAUAAACUGAUGAAACCUUUAAUGUAUGUAAGUUCUGGAAAUAGGAGAUCAGAGUGAAAUAAAGUGGUUUUCUUUGGGGAUGA